UGAAAUUUCUGACAUUUGUAAAGUAUAUAACGAAGCAAAAAACGCGAAAAUGACUUCUGAUCUCAAUUCAGAGGAUGUGAAAAAUAAAUUGUUUCACUCUCUAAAGUCCCGUGGUGUCCUGGAUUCUCUGAAGGUAUGCCAUUUGCUUUGAGAUGCUUGCGAUCUGCUUGUCAACUUUCCGAGUGUCAGAAGUGUGUCACACUGUCAGAUGUUCACCAAAUAGUUCCUGGCGGGAAAUUUUGAAUCAAAUUCCUGCUUUUGUGAAUACUCGUUUUUUAAAUAAUAUAAAUAUGUAAUUUAUAUCGUCAGAUUUGAUAUUCCAAAAUUAUGAGAUAAACUUAGAGCUAGAUUUUUAGUAUAUUAUUCCAUUAUGUUACAUUGCACCUAUAGUUUAAUAUACGCCCUACUUCAUUAUUUUACUGCCAGAUUAUUUUAUUUGGCAAGGGGAGAGCGCUGGUACUCAAUGGGUUAAUUAUUAAGUCAUUGUGAUUGCUGUGCAUUGUAUUAAAUGCAGACUGCAGCAUUGAAACAAAUGGAAAGAACACUACAUGCAAGCCUAUUAAACUGGGAAGUUUGGAAAUUUUGCAGCCGUGAUCUUGAAAAUUUAAAAGUAAAUACCUAGAAAGCAUCAAAAUCCUGAUAUCUCGGUUGCACAACACAAACUUUCCAUACUGCUCAGGAUUGAGGUUCUCAGACGAAGUUACUCAUCGCUCUUUAUAUUCAGUGCAUGAGUUUGUUAGGCUGUUUGUUAGCCAGGUUGGAAUCCAACAAAAGUUUAUGCCGGAUGUUUAUGCCAGUGUGCCACAUGACAAAUGCAAAUUAUGAUACUAUAUACUGUAUUUAAACAACAAGUGCUGAAAAGCUAUUAAAGCUUAAUAAAGUUUAUGAAUGUUGGAGGUUUUAAACAAGGUUAAAUUGGCUGCAAUUGACACACUUAUUUUAAAUAUCAAUCUUUCAAUAUUAAAAAAAAUAUUGCCAGAGGUUUUUCUUUUAUUAGUAAGAUUUAUGCCAUUGGCAUAAAAAUCAAGAACAUUUGAUGCCGGAGAUACCCAGAGCAACACCUACAGAUUCCAACCUGAUUUGUUAGUUUGUUCGGAAUGAUAAGACUUGGUAUUUAUUCAAAAAUAAGACUUUAAAUAGACUGGAAGUUACUAUCGCGUGGCCAGCUUGAUAAAUUGUGGGGUCCAUAUUCAUAUAUUCGUGUUCUGCAUUAUUAAUUUAUUUUGAAAUCAAUUGUUUUUAAGGUCUGUGAACACGAAUAUAUCAAUAUGGGACCCCAAUUAUUGAGCUGGCUACGCCGCUGCAGCCAAAACCUGGGUCAUUAUACAAGCCUUUGAAAUUGAUAAAAACAAAUUGCUAAAAACAAAUUGUUCUUUGCACUUGUUUAAACAUACCACACUGCAAUAUAUAUAUACUAUAUGUCUGGUUUAAUUUGUAAUACUUUCUUUGUAGGCUUGCAUGCUGAACAAAAUCAUUGUAAACCUGGAAAAUUCUUUUAAUAAAAACAUUAAGAACAGAAAGAUUACAAACUUCUAAGUUCUCGACACAUUAAAAAAAGUCCCUUCCUCACGAGAGUUGGUACUAGGAAGAGAUUAAUGACCGAAACAAUUGUUGCUUUUAUUUACAAGAAAACUACAAAGGCAUGUCACAUGAAUAAAAUAAAAUAAAAUAUACUUAUCAAACAGACAUAACCAUCACAGACACAGGAAAAAAAUUGAACUUUCCAUGGGUGUUUGAAUUUAAAAACCGAACUCUUACCAUUAUUGAUUAUUAUGGACUUCCCAUAUCGUAAAUUAGUAAAAACCAUGAUGUUUAAUAUUUACCAUUAUACAAAUAAUGAAUGUUUAUGAGUGCAAUGGUAAGAAUAUUUUCAUGAGGUGAAAGAUGGAAUGUUCCAUACUCAUUAUUUGUUUUAUAUAAUACCAAAAUAGACUAAUAUUGCUUUUUCAAGAACAGUUUAAAACACCAUUUAAUAUUAAAAUAAAUACACACAACUUGAUGUUUCAAACUCAAAGAGUGCAAUGGAAUAAAACGUAUAUAGUACAAUUGCACUCGCAAAGAGUGCAAUGGAACAUAUUCCAUAAUGCACUCUUGGGAAAUGGAAUUUUCUAUUCAAUAUCAUGUGACCAUAAACAGCCAAUUAAAUGAUCAGAAUUCAAUAAGGUGUUAUAUACAGUGUAAUACAUAAUGGAACUUACUUUUUCCCUGUGCACAGGAAAAUACCAUUAAUGGUAAAUAUUAAACAUCAUGGUUUUUACCCAUUUACCAUAUGGGAUAUACCUAUAAUAAGCAAUAUUGGUAAGAGUUCAGUUAUUACAUUAAUAGUAUGAUAAAUCUUUAAAAACCAUUCAAAAACCCAUUGUUGGAAAUUUACAAUGUGCGUAGCAAAAGAAAACAAUAGUAAAAAUGUCAAGUGCCAAACCUCAUUUAAGGAUAGGUACCUGCAUGAUAUGAGCCACAUUACAUAAACAAUUAUUCAAACUUUGUAAAAACGGCCAUUUAGAGAUAGAAGGAAUUGCAAAAUUUUGGUCAAUGGUGAUUUCUAGGCUCAAUCUGGAUCUGAAAAAAUUUUGGGCCAGAACUAGACUUCCAAAAUUCUAGCCAGAGCAGGACCUGAGUUUAUUUAACAGUUUCUAGUUAUACUUUAUGUUACUUUUUGUGCUGUCAAUCCUAAAAUUUAGGUUGGAAUAUAUGUCUAUGGUAGUAUAUCUAAUUAUGUAAUUAAGAUGAUCUAGUGUUCAAAUAUUUGGUUGAUGUUCAUCAUUGAAUGCACUUUAUAAUACAAUUAUUAAUCUUUUUCCUAAUGAAGACUGAGUUCCAGUUCCAUGCAGCCAGUCAUGCUUUUUUUCAUCAGUUCUGACUGGAUCCAGGACGUUACCCUAAAAUACAGGUUCAGUUGCAUCCCUAAUGAUUUUAUGCAUGAGCGUACAGGGAUGAUUCUUUAUGGGGGUCACUCGGGAGUUUGCCCAAAUUUUUGUGGAGGAUUUUGAUGAAAUUAUGAUCAUGAUUAAAUUUGUCAAAAUUUUCUUGGUUUUUUGAAAUUGAUUUUCUGCAUUUCUGGUUUGAUUUCCUCCCUGCCUCUCUGUCUCUAUAUGCAGGGUAACGCAGGGUGCGAUAAUUCAAGAUUUUUAGUCGUACCUAACUGGUACGGCAAUGGUUGUUGACGUGUACUUGCGGUAGUACAAACUCAGUACUCAGUGUGUACUUAGUUUUUAAAAUAAGGUUCAUAAAGUACAUGUUUUUGAAAAGUAUGUUCAGACUACGAUGUAGAAAAAGAACCACAAUUGCAAUAUACAAACAAUCGACUCCAACGUUUCUUGGUGCCACCAGUCCAAUCAUGUUUCAUGCCAAGACAUCUCAGACGCAUGAUAAACCAACUAAAUUACGGUAUUGAAUACCUUAGGCUUAGCAAGGUCAUGUGGUACCAACACAAAUAAGUACGCAGAUAGCAAGAGUACCUCGUACCUACGCGGUACCUGGCUGAAAACAAAGAAGUACCAGACAGUAAUAUUGGCGUACCUCCGGUACGUAAGUACGCGAUUUAUCGCACCCUGCAGUACGCAUAUGAUUUUAUGGGAUAUAAAAUGAAGGUUAUGACAGAUCAAGAGCUACAUGAGAAUUACUAAGACUCGCUGUAUAUGUGAGUGAUACGAAGUUUGAAUAUGAGAUGCAUCUCUUCACUUGUUUUUUUACUGGAUAUGCACAAUCCAACGAUGAUCUAGUUCAAACACUAAUAUACCUGAACGACUUGUUGAUCUUCUGCCGAUACACCUGGAUGUUUUAAUUGUACUAAACUAACGCUGAAUUUCAAAAAUAUCCACAAAAAACCCAGGCAUGAUUUCACUAGGUAUACAGUCAUGUUUACCCUAUAUGCAGUGAGUAUACAAUUAUUGGACGAGGUUGAGCAAAAUAUCGUGAUUUUAUAUCAGUGGCGAGCAGAUAAAUUAUUUGCCGAUGCCGAAGGCCGAUUACCGAUUAGUGUACUUUGUAAACUAUUACCGAAGGCCGAUUACCGAUUAGUGUACUUUGAUUACGAUUUACCGAUUAGUGUACUUUGUAAACUAUUAUGGGCACAUGUUUAAUAAAAAAUACAAGAACAGUCAACAGAAAAAGUAUAAUUUAAUCUGACAUACACAGCGUAAAAAUACUGUAUUGCACAAAAAUUGUGAUUUCUAUAAAAUCAAGCAUGUAAACAAUUUAAUAACUUUUGUUGCAUGCCUUUUGUGUUUUCGGCGUCCUUUUCCUCCAGUAAAGAUGACAAAUCGCUUUCCGAUAGCUAGGCAAAACGGGCCAUGUUGACAUUUCAAAAGAGAAGACGAUAUUUUUUAAUUUAAGCUGACGAAUCAUUUUCAAAGUUCGCAUGCUCAAUGAAGUAUUUGCGCCAGUUAUUUGCACCUGAUCGAUAUUUGCACACAGUUAUUUGCACGUAAAUUAACCAAAUGAAUCAAAUUUGAGAAUACUAUAAAGUGAAUGAUAAUUUUAAAUAUUUUUAUAGUAUCGCAGAUAUAGCGAGAGUACCGAGUACCAAUCUGGUACCAUACCUGACUGAAAACAAAGAAGUACCAGCCCGUAAUAUUGUACGUGUACUAUCGCAGCCUGCCUAAAAAGUAACUGAUUAUUUACAGCAAUGUUCCUGAUAUGACUAAUUUUAUCUGCGUAUAAUGGUUGGAAUCUUUUUCAAAUAUUUUCAAUUAUUAAUGCUUUUCUGAUUUAGUCUCAGUUGAGGAAACAACUAAUACGAGAACUUCAGGACACCACUGGCUUACCAGUGCUUCACUCGACUGUGGAAGCAUCAUCAUCUGAAAAAGAAAGUGAUGGAAUCCCAUUAUUUCAAAGAGCAGCCAACAGUAUUGUUGCCGAAUAUUUAAAGAGAUGUAAUUUCGAGUACACAUUGUCAACAUUUUUACCUGAAAGUGGGACUACUUUGGAAAAGGUGAUAAAUUGCAUACUUGCUGGAAAAAUACUUAGUUGUGCAUGAUACGUACUGUACGUACAGUACUGAUUAUUAGAAACCUUAUGCAACCCCACACAGAAAAAUCAUGUCGUGCAUGUUGGGAAUACUUGGCGAUUUGCUUGGUUAUACUCUUCGUCAAAUUUGUUGAAUAUGAAUGUAUUUUGGGAAUAAUUACGUUUUGGAUAUCGAAUCUUGCCUAAAAUUGCAAAAAACGUGGCCACCUGUGACAUACACAGUGAACUCUAAUAAGACUGCCCAUACUUGCCUGAAGCCAACCGUGCGAGGAAAUUGCACUUUUAAAAGGACUAAGGAGAGUUUCGAGGAGUGGGAAAUUCAGCAAUCUCGUUCGCAGGUUAAGGGUGGGCAUAGCUCUGGAGAAAUCGAAUUGAUUCAGGCCUGUGAUUGGCUAACGGCAGAUAGUACGUUGGAUUUCCAACGUGAGUUCUAUAUAAACAAAGUAUUUGGAAUUUCUCGUCGAAAAUUUGAUACUUUUUACACAGAAAUCGAUUGAAAACAAUUAGAAAUUCUGGAGGAAAUAUGUACGAAAGCUGCGGAUUGAUAGGAAUACAACUACCUGAAAAAUACAAGGAGAACUUCGCCGUUUCGAGCGAAGGCGCUUCGACUUGUGCUGUUAGUGUUUGUAUACAUCGUACUUGACCUUUUAUAUACUGUCAUACCUAACACUAUGUAUACCAUAAAUUCUGACAGAAGAGUUAAAUGUAAAUUUUAAAGCAUAAAAAUAUAUAAUACUUAUUAUUAUUGAGGAGAUUAUAUUCAUCAGCAAAGGUCAAGUACGAUGUAUACAAACACUUUAAUAAACAGCACAGGUCGAGGCGCCUUCGCUCGAAACCUCGAAGUUCUCCUUGUAUUUUUCAAGUAGCUGUAUUUCUAUCCAACCGAAGCUUUCGUACAUAUUCCCCCCAGAAUUUUUAAUUGUUUUCAAUUCAAUUUCAGUGUAAAAUGUAUCAAAUUUUCGACGCGAAAUUCUAAAUACUUUAUUUAUAUUUUGCAACAUUGCCGAGCAUGCGUAGAACUCACGUUGGAAAUUCAACGUGAAUCAAUUCUAUGAGCUAUGCCCACCCUUAACCUGCGAACGGGCAUGCUCGGGGAACGAGAUUGGAAAUUCAGUCAAAGUUUAUUUUCGACGAAAAUGAGCAAGAAAAGUCGUUUUUCAUGAAAAGACUUCAAUUUUAAAACUCAAAUACGAUCUAUUUGAUAGUUAGAACUGCUUUGCAUCUCACAACAGCGAAAGUUUGAAAGGUAUCAUGUUUGUUUUGAUAAAAACGACACUAGCCGUUGAACGUGCCGAAGUGAACUUUGCUCUUUAACUAAAAAAACAAACUUUAAAACAUAAAUCCACCGACCAAUACCUGUUUUGUAUUAAAGUCUAGGACCUGGUAUAGUUGUUAUUUUGAGUGCUUUUUGACAUCUCUAAAACGUGAAUAAAUCGAUUUUUCCGUAGAAACCCCCCGGGAGAAGUUCGCGCGCUGUGACUUUCAAAAGAGAACUAGGGAGAGUUCAAUUUCCUCGUAACUUUGUUUUUUUAGCAAAAAUACGUCGAAAAGUUAGGUUUUUCGUCCUAAGAUUUCAAUUUCAAAAAUUUAAACUUGGUUUUCAGGAUAGUUCUAUGUAUUCUGCAUCAACUAGCUGCAAAAACGUUUGAGGUAUCAGCUUUAUAUUUGAAAUAUUUAACAAAUUUGAACGUGCCGAAGAAAAUUUCGCUCUUCAACUCACAAAAAAAUAAGGUUUAAUUAAAUCUCUCUACGUUUACGAAACUUGUUUUGGAGUAAAGUUCAAGUAUUGUUGUUUGUUUUAAGCCUUUAUUCUUGUUCAAAUAAUGCUGUUUUGUGUAAAAAAAAUCGGCGUUCUUUUGAUGAUGUAAUUUCGGACUUUGGCCUUCUUGGCGGCCUUCAGUUUGGCUUCAAAGAUGGCGGCCGAGUUAUCGUUCCAGUCUUACUAGAGUUCACUGGAUAUACAUCAUGUCAUGCAUGAAGGAGUGACACAAUAUACUGUAUAGGGAUUCGCAUUUUGAAUUUGCAAGGAUUUAUAUAACAUCUAUCUUUCAGAGGUUUUCAUGCAAAGACAUAUUACAUUUGCUUAACAUCGAUCCUAACUCAAAACUAUAUCUAAAUCUGGUAAGUCAUCUUUUGGAUAUUGCCAGAAAACCUUUAUUUUUUAAACAGUUUUGUUUAUGAUUUGCUGCUAUCUUUGUGGUUAUUUAUGUUUUUAUUUAAGGAACGCUCCCUUAGUUCAACAACAGAUUCAAAAGGUAAGCUUCUGCAAGGUGUUCGAAGUUCAUUGUUACAAUCCAAUUAAGUCAUGGUUUAAACUACCGAUUCAUAUUAGAUUGUCUUCAAAUUGGUUGUCUUGAUAUUUAAUACUUCAGGAUUUCUUUGGCACUUUUUAAUGGAAGUGGCAGCUUUCCAAAGUAGAAUGAAAUGCGAUGUUAACAUCCAAACAGAAGAUACGUUGCCUACCCAAAUCUCGGCUUCUUUAGGUACGUCAUCUUUCUUUAAUUUUGCUUUUAAGUACUGAAAAUGCAGGAUUGUUGUAUUGUCUAACUUGCAAAAUUAGAUAUAAUAUUAUAAGGUAGCUUGUAUUGGCCGAUUAUAGCUCGAAAAGAAAUUGGGUCUAGAGAAGCAGAAUAAGGCAGAACCUCUAUAUUUUGAUACAUUUAUAUGGUCGUCUAUUCUUUUUCCCUAUGAUUUAUGAAGACAUUCGAGGUAAAAUCAGUGCAUCCCAGUUUGGUGGCCUACCCGGAACAUCCGCAGUUCAAACAACGAUCUACCUAAUGCAUAAAUGGCAUUUGGCAAUGCACACUCCAGGAAAGGUCACCAGAAUCGUCUUCCUUGACUUUCGAAAGGCGUUUGAUUUGAUAGAUCACAACAAACUUCUGGGGUCUUUCAUUCACAUCGGCGUACGGCCAGCGUUGGUAAGCUGGUUCGCAUCCUAUCUCUAGGGCAGAUCGCAAAUGACAUCAUUUCAAGGUGCGCAAUCUGACUUGAGAAAGAUCAAAGGCGGAGUUCCACAAGGUAGCAAGUUAGGUCCAAUAGCAUUUAUUCUUAAAAUUAAAGAACUUCCACUAGUUACUACUGAAUGUGCGUCAUCCAAAGACCAAAGCACAUGCAGUAAUGUUCAUUGACGACACCACAUUGUCUGACGUCAUUGAUUUAACUCACCACCUAUCUGGUAACCCAAUUGGUAACACUCAAAGAAAUGGAAACAGCGUACUGCAAUUCACAAAUGACGAGAGAAUGCAAUUGAACGGGGAGAAGUGCAAGGAAAUGGUAAUUGACUUUCGGAAAAUUAAAACGGAGAUACCGCGAGUUAAAAUACUAAGGUGACAAUCCGGUGUCUCGUGUAAAAUCAUACAAGUUACUAGGACUUCAUCUAACAGUAUUAAAGAUUUUAAGGAGUUAUGGCGCAUCGACAAGUGACCUAUUGGUCUUCUAUUGUACAGUAAUUCGUUCUGUUCUGGAAUACGGAGCACAAAUUUGGAGCGGUGCAUGGUUUAAUUAACACAAAUGCAAAAGAAAAACACAGAAAGAAUUAAAAAACGUGCCCUGAGAAUAAUUUAUCCAGGCCAUGGUGACUGUGAACUUCUGUUAAUCCAAAGCAAUCUACCAAACUUAGAAGGACGCAGGAAAAACUAUGUGCUUCCCUGAUUGAGGAUAUGUUGGAACCAUCGCACAGACUUCACGGACUAUUACCACAGAAAGUGAUUGAAAUAAGAGAAAGAAAUACCAGGGAAAAUGGAGAUAAGAUGUAUAACUUCUUUUGUAAACCUGAACGAUUUGGAAAUCGUCUUUUAGUUUAUGCAAUUAAUGAGUAUAAUUUUAAAUUUGAUAAAUAGAACUUUUACCAUAAUCAUAUUAAUGCACAUAUAAAUAUAUAUUAAGUAAUUUUAAAUACACAUAUGUGAAUAAGUUUAAUCCCUUCGCCCUGAUUUUAAUGCUUGUAAACACGUUGUAAUUUAGCCAAUCCGCUAUUGAACGUGUAAAUAAACCCCACUAUUAUAUUAUUAUUAUUAUUACAAUUUUUCAAACCCAGUUAACCCACUAUUUAACGCAAUAUCCCAAUCCCUUGCGUCUUUAAAUUUAUUCAUUUUGUUAAUUCGCUUUUGUAAUUGCAUGUCAUAGUACCUCUUCUUGAAGAUGUCUUGAAGUAAAUAGUAAUGUUCGGCUCUAAUGUAAAUACAUUUUUUAUAUAUUUUUUAUCAUUCUAUACUUCACGUGAUUUUAGAUUCCAUUGCGAUUAUAGGUUCUAAAAAUCUGCAUACCAUUUGAAGAUUUGAUGCUGUGGUAAACUUUGUUCUUUUUCUUUUGAAAUAUUUUCUUGGUUUCUCAUAUCGGGUUUCCACUUAUUUAGAAGACAAGUUAUCCAGUGUCGAAAAGGAAUAUCGAGAAAAGCAAAAGUUAGUUCAGUUGGAUAAAAACCAUGGACUGGAGGAAAGGUUGAUAGCAAUGCAAAAGAAAUAUGAAGUGGAAAAGAAGAACGAGUUAGAGGAGGAGGUACAUUUAAAUUUCCUUUAAUAUAAACUGCUGGCAAAUACGUACUAACAUUAUAUUCAUGUCUAUAAAUAUCAUGAAGUUGUUACUGCCUUUGCAGUAACGACUUCAUGCUAUUUAUAGACAUGAAUAUAAUGUUAAUACGUAUUUGCCAGCAGUUUAUAUUAAAGGAAAUUUCAUUUAAAAAUGCUACCAAGUAAUUUAAAUUAAACUUUGAAUUUUAAAAUGUUUUAUUGCAAGAUUAAAUGGCAUUUCCACAUGAAUGUUUCGCAAUCUUUUGUGAGGUGCAUGAAUUCCUUCGGAACAACGGAAGAAGCCCUUUAAUAUCCCAAAUAACUACGAAAAAACCCUGUUAAAGCAAGGAAGUGGGAACAAAGACAAAAAUCAUUUGCAAACAUUAUUCAUAUAGAUCUGCAUCAGAAAAGAAAAAGUUGUACGUGUACAGCAUUCCACUGUUUUACCAUCUUUCAUUUUUUUCGGGAAUGCAUGUGGCGAUGCAAUACAGCGAUAUCCUUUUGGAUGUACAGUGUUCCAAUCCAUUAGCAAGACGAUUAAAAUGAACUGACAUGUCACAUGAUUAUGUCUUUAAUUCAUGGUUUUCAUUGUAGGUGAAAAAAUUUCGAGCAAGUGAGUUGUCCAGAUUAAGAAUGGAUGAGAGACAGAAAUAUGAAGCUAAAAUUAAAGCAAUGCGCCAUGAAGUAAGUUAACUGUCACAGCAGAUGAUAAGUACUAUUAAUCGCGAUUCUGUAGAUAUGUAAAGAAGUGUCAUGUCGACGCUCUUCUCGUUCUAGAAAAUAUUUUCCAAACUGCUAUAUCUACACUACAAAAUUAAUUUGACUCUCGUCCUUUUUAAUUACUACUGUAAAAUGUGUUCAAUAAAUGAGUAACUAUAUUAAAAAACUAAAAAUUCUAAGUCGAGGAGAACAUUUUCUGAAACAGAACUUCUCUAAGACUUCCGUUGCUUUAUUUCCUCUCAGGGAUUUUGGAUAUGAAUUUUUCAUAGAUAUUUAACUGCUCAUAUCAUGGAUGAACGUAACCAAUAAAAUGUACGCAGAUCGAUGAAAUAUUAACUUGAAUAGAUCUAUACAGUGUUUGCGGAUUUGCAAUAUUUUAGGGAUAUUACGAAUAUUACACGUUAGAACAAUCGCCAUAUUUUUCCCAUUGCUGCCGUUGUUUUUAAUUCGAGCUAGAGAAUAAAGCACCUACCAAAGCCAUGGUACAAUUCUCGUGGUCUUUGCGCUAUCAUUGCAUUUCCACUGCUGCGUCAAACACGUGUCAGAGAGAGUUUAUCGCCUGCUAUAGCUAUGAAAAGAAAGCUAGUGGAAGAUGGCUCAAGGUCAUUUCAAGAUAAUCGCUGUUGCCUUCUGAUAUGCUGUCCUUGUUUUAAUUGAGUCACUCGUUGGUCGAACGUUUCCAGAGAUCCCCUACUGUAAAGUGUGACCGCCUAUAGAAAAGCCGAGCACAAGCACCAGUACACCUGUAUGUACUGUAAUUUUGCAACUAUACAAUUUCAUUGUCGCGUUUGUUCGGUACGUAGAAGGAAUGUUUCUUCUUUUCGUCCCUAAAAUACACAAAAUAGUAAUGCUUCACUACGAGUAACGAGUAUUUUACUGUACAUCACUCCAGUAAUUACCAAUUAAUGUGUGAUGUACCUCAGUGUACCUCCACCUUAGUGUACCUCCAUCUUAGUGUUCCUAAUUAUAUCUCAUUCACCCUUAGUCUACCUUCGUUCACCUUGCUCCAUGUCACUGCUCCUCACUCCGCCUAACUGAAGUACUUCACUCCGCUUGACCAAACCUAAAAUUGCCCCACCCCGCCUACUGUAAUUAAACCAUUGUUUCACUCCACCUCCUACGCCUCAGCCUACCUCACUCAAUCUCUCUUCAACUUAUUCCAUCUCACUGCUCCUUACUUCCACCUCGCGUACCUCAUUCCGCCUCACAAAGCCGGGAGCACGCGCUACAAUAUUAGUUGACGAAACCAAUCUAGAGACUGCCUGUUUUUUGUAUUAGGGUGCACCACGGCGUAUUAAAAUGCCUCACUAAAACUCACUUUCCCUCAAUUCACCGCACGCCACCUUCCACCUCACUUCGAUUCACUUCAUCUCAGUUGGCGUCACUUUACCACACUUUGCUUCACUUUCGUUUCACUCCCGACUGCACUUUGCUCUUCUUCAAUUUGCUCUUCUUCACUUUUUAGCCUCACUGCAACACUUCUCUUCGCAAUUUCACCCUGCAUCACUUCAUCUUACUUCACCUCACUCCAUCUUACCCCAUCUCGAGAAAACGAAUGGAACGGCGUUACCAUACACUAUCUUCCAGAGGAAUUUCGAUAACACUGAGAUAAUUAGCACAAAAAGAUUAGCCCAAACUAUCUAUGAGGGUCUUCUUACUAGGAGGGUUUUCUGUUCAAUCUUUUGUCCAUUGAUUCACUGUUUGGCAUAUGGGCGAUCACAUAUCUCCAUUGUCAGUAAACCAGACAGGGAGAACGAAUCAGUAUAUCAGGGACAGUUUAAUUUAAGAAAGAGUACAUUCGUAGUAGUGUGUUUAGAGGACUUCAUGAAUUCCACAAUGACAAACUUGAGGCUAAGUAAAUACAAGAAAUCACUGUAAAAAUUCAUCCAAUAAUUCUGUAUAUACAUCUACUACAGCUGUUUCAGUAAAGUUCGUUAUCAAAUUGGCAGGCAAUAUUUGCGAUGAAGCAGGUUUUUCUCUUUUCUGUCCACUACCACUACUUGAUCUUUGCCUCAGUGUUUUCCAAAACCUUAUGCUCUCUGUCUACCACGUGUUCACAGCUCGUCUUUACCCAUGGGAACUCAAACUGUUUGCAGAAGCUCCAGUGAAUGACCAUUGACUGCAAUAACUUUGUUAUAUAGUCAUUUAGUGGAUAUGCAGCGAUAUGUGAAAUUGUUUCAUUUUCUUCCCAGUGCAUUCUGCAAUUAGGUGGUCUAUUUUCUUGAUCCAUUUCUUAACCGAGAGCAGAUUAAGCUUGAGAUGUAGUCUUGAAAGAUAUAUUCGAUUGCUCGUCGCUGAACAACCUCUAGACAAAGGAGGUCCCUAAAUGUUGUUUGGGGGUAUCCAGAGUGCACUGCCAUAACACAGGUGCGCUCGAACAAGCGUCAUAGAGAAAUGGUCGACAUUUUAUCAUUACCAAUGCCUAAAUAACGGAGCAGAAUCACUACCGUCGGACGGACUGUCCUCAAGGGUCGUUAUCGGGGGUUAUUUAAUUUGUGAUAUGAUAACGACAUGUUUUAUAUUAUUUCGUUUGCAGUAUGAUGAAGAAUUCAACAUAAAAAAUCAGGCUUUGCGAGCUUUAGAGAAAGAGAUGUUGGAAAGGGUUGAAAGACUACAAGAGGUACUCAUUCAAAAGGGGCAGGGCCGCCGAGAGGGGGGGGGGAGUUUCCCUGGACCCCGAGGCUCUGGGGCCCCUAGAAAUUUAAUGUUGGGCCCAAGUCAUUUUUUCGGGCGAAAUAUUUCUGUUUUCGGGCCGAAAUAUUUGUGUUUUGGGGGCAAAGUACCGAAAUUUGGUAUGGAAAAUUGCGGAAAAGUCCCACGAAAGCAAUUAUAACGUACUUGUCCGGAAAAUAUUUUACGUAAAAAGAAUUUAUUGUCCGAAAAAAUUUUUCCGGAAAUUUUUUUUCCAAUAGGGGCCCCUAAAAAAAUUUUUGCCCUGGGCCCCCGCCAUGCUCUCGGCGGCCCUGAAAAGGGGUGUGCCAAAACGCCACUAAAUUAUGGUGUCCCGGAUAGUACGUUACAUUUCAUACUGGCUGAAAUAACUACCAUAUCACUGAACCGAUAGAUGCAACCGUACCAGUAAUUUAUGGUAACGACACCAAUAUUCCAAUUUGUCCGAAAAGUUUAUAUUUUGCUAAAAUCAUUUAAAUACAUGCCUUUUUGCUCUAAAACGGAUAGUUUGUAGCCCUUAUCAUCAAGAUUUUCUUUAAAAUGAUUAAGUAUAGCAAAAAUGUGUCUGACUGCUCGCGAGUUUUCUAUUUUUAGACAGAAAAGAUAAAUCAAGAGCAAAAUAAACCUCGUCAAAAGUAAUAAAAGGUCUAAAUGAAAACUCUGCAGCAAAAUCUAGUCUAUUUUUAGUCUUUUAGAUUAAUACUAUCAACCAUUCCUAUAGUAAGAUUGUUGUUUCCUGAAUUCCAUAUUUGGUCCGGUUGAAGUAUUGGUACAGUAUAUAGCCACUUUAAGUGACUCGAAAUCAUGCAAAAAUUAAUGAUUUAACGAUCUAUUUUCAAGGUUCAUCAAUCUGAGGCAUACGUAGAAAGGCAAAGGUUCUUGGAAGAGAUGCGAUCUUUAAAAGAACGUGAAACUGAUUUCAAAAAUAGAACUUUGAUACAAGAAAGGUAAGUGAGUAAUAA